AUGAAGAGGAUCAAGAUUCCUCUCCCUCCAGUGGAUGAGAAGAUAAAGGUAAUUGAAGAUGUUGAUAAGNAAAAAUCUCAUUUGAUGGAAAUGCUGAUUCCUCUCCCUCCAGUGGAUGAGAAGAUAAAGGUAAUUGAAGAUGUUGAUAAGGACAGAAGAUAUGCGAUUGAUGCCUUGAUUGUGCGUAUCAUGAAGAGUAGGAAAGUUUUGGGCUAUCAGCAGUAG